ACGCUUGUUGUCGUAUCCGCUCCUUCGCGCUGCAUUAAUUCAUUCUUCUUCCAUGUUGCCGUCGACUGCAUCGAUCUGCACCCCGAUACACAACCAGCACACCACUUCCACCGCCGCCAUCGCCUGCUUUUCCCGCCAAACCCAGCCGACACAGCCCCAGGCGGCUUCUUUUGCCCGAUCGCGCGCAUGACGGCCCAGCGUCAUCAAUCUUCCGUCGCAGAGAGUCCAUGAACUAGUCCGUCUUCACCAUGGCAAACAGACAGCAACGCCCGGGCGGCCUCGACUUCCGCUCGCAGUCCUUUGACCCCCCUUCCUCCGCUAACAAGACAUUCAACAACAUCAACCACAACAACCACCACCUCGGCCUCGGAAACCUCGCCAGCGCCAGCAUGAGCAAUCUGACCCUCGGCUCAGACCUGCCCAGCCCGCGCACCGGCGAAGCACCGCCCGCCCUCUCUCCUCUGGACGCCCUCGCCCUCCAGGGCCGCCUGCUCGCAAAGCGAUUCGAGCAGCAGGACAAGAAUGGACGCCGCAUGAGCCGGAUUGCACCUCUCACCAUCCAGAAUGAGUUCGGCAACCGCCCCGGAUACUUCUCGAGCAUGUCCAACUCGACCGUCAACUCGCCCAACGAAGACGCAGGCCCCGUCAAGUCCCCACGACCCGAUGCCUCCCCCAGGCAGGAGGUGUCUUCGGACAAACGACACCAGUCCUACUACCCUCAGUUCGGCAUGGACGAGCCCGAGAUGCAGUAUGCCAUUGGGCCUCUGCAGAGUCCCAUGGCCACCAUUGCUGAGGCCAGUCCUGCCACUCCGCCACAGGGCUACUUCGACAUCCCCAGGUCGCACUCGCCCGAUUCCGUAGAGCCUCACAUUGGCCUGCGCGAGGCCACACCCGUCAGCCCCCACGUCCCCGUUGCCGCGCCCUCGCACAUGUUCCUCAGCCCGCAGAGGAAGCCGUCUGGUGGCUCCGAGCACUCGCAACAGUCGCAGCCGCGGUCGCAACCACGCUCUAACCUGCUUCCCCCGCGCUCGUCUAACUCCCUCCACUCAACCCGCUCUCCGCGACAGUCGCCAAGCAUCCGUUCUGUUGCCGUCGGAUACGAUGAAGUCGACGACAUGUCCCUCAGCGGAUCCUAUGAUUCUCUGCACCAGAACCGCAACUUGUCUCCCAGCUCUAGCCUGUCUAGGGCCCAGUCCCCCUUCACGCCUGCUACAGGCCCCACAAUGAUACCACGCUCGCCGUCAGCUGCAUCUGACUACUCGGUCAAUGGCUCCAGCCUGCCGCGCCCCGCCUACAACUUCUCGAGACCCAACUUCUCACGACCCACCAGCCGACAGAGCGUCCGUCCGUCACUAGACGUACGGUCUGACGUCGGGCCCUCACGACAAGCGUCAGACGAGAGCGUAAACAUGCGACCCUCGUUUGACAAUCAGCUCCUACGACAGGACUCCAGUGACAGCCCCACCGCACACUACGCGAAUGAGCAAGUGCACACACCCGUCAGCAUGGUAAGCGAGGACUUCCGUCGGUCAGGCGACUUUUCCAGCAACCCAGCCCCCUCCUACACAUACACCAGGUUCAACCUGCCUCGCGGCCGAGCCGUCGACCGCAAGUCUGUCGGCAUCGAGGACUUUUUCAGAAGCCAGAUUACAUGGGAUCAACCAGGCCAGCAAAACCCUAACCAGACUCAGGCGCGUCCCCCUUCACCCGAAUCUCCACCGAGGUCCUUUGACCAAGCACGCCAACAGCAGCAGCAGCAACACGGAGCCCCGUCCCUUACCUCCAGCAACAGCACCAUCCGUGCGCGAACUGCUGGCUCAGUUGGCGAAGUCACAGCCCAGCAGCACUGCGACAUGGGUCUUGAACUCCACGAAGCUGGCGAAUUACUCAAGUCAACUUACCACCUCCGUCUCGCAGCUCGCGCCGGUCUUCCCGAAGCAAUGUUCUGGUACGGUCUCGCCUGCCGCCACGGCUGGGGCAUGCGCGUAAACCAAUCUGAAGCUUUACAAUGGCUCCGCCGCGCUGUCGAUAGUGGACAGCUCGAAGUCGCAGACGACGAAGCCCAAGCCGGUGCUACCGAUCUUACCAAGAAGAAGCAACAUCGUGCUCAGUACGCCGUGGCCAUCUACGAACUAGGCAAGUGCUACGGCAAUGGCUGGGGCGCCCCGCAAGACAAGUCGCUCGCUCUCCGCUGCUACGAAAUUGCGGGUAACUGGGGCGACGCCGAUGCGCUUGUUGAAGCUGGAUACUGCUACGCCGAGGGCGUUGGCUGCAAGAAGAAUAUGAAGAAGGCGGCCAAGUUUUACCGUGCUGCCGAGGCAAAAGGUGUGAGCAUGGUUGGUAACAGUUGGAUCUACAAGGAGAAAUACAUGGAUGAUGGUUUGGAUGAGAGGUCGGGAAGAUCAGCCCACAAGCAAGAUCACUCUAGUGCGGAGAAGAAGGCGAGGGAUAAGAGUCGGACGAGGACUAUGUUUGGGAGGAAGAAGAGUGCGGUUUAGUUGGGGGCUUGAGAGAGAGCCUUGUAUAUGUGUUCACGACCUUUGUUUUCUCUCUACUUUGGCGACGGCGUCUGGGUUGGCAGCAGCGAACAGUUACUGUUACUGCUGGGGUAUAUUACUCCCCCUUUCGCCUUUUGGUUCGCGCAAAACAUUUUUUGCCCUUCGAAUACCCCCAUAUUUACGACACCUGCCUGGCGCAUGGCUUGGCCCCCUGCAAGCUCUUCUUGCUCAUACCUUUUUUGGGACAUCUUGGACAUGUCGACAUACUAGCUAGCUAGCUGCUCUUUUUUUUUUCUGUCUUUUCUUUUCCUUUUCUUCAUUGUUUGGUUGCU